AAUAGAUGACCCUAAUUAAAAUCUCGUUAAUUUUCCCGCUGGUUCAUUUUAAAAAAACCCAAAUAGCCAUUCAAUUUCGAGGCUUUACGCGCCGUUUCGAAAGCGAUGACGCUAUCCACCGCGCCCUCACCGCCACCGGCAUUAGAAGAGGAGCCGUUACCUCACGACGGCGACGAUUACCACGGCAUCGUUUCACUGGACGACGAGGGUUUCCCGUCGCAAUUCCCCGAAUCAGGAACGGCGUCGGAAAAGAGCAGUUUCGCCGCGGAUUUCUAUCGCAGCGGAACCGAUUGGUCCUCGCUGUUGUUGUCGCUGGAAGAUAGUAAACAGAGCGAUUUAGCGCAAGAUUCGGGGAAGAAGAUGAAGCAGGCCAAUCUGUUCCAGAUUUGGGGGUUUAAAAGAAACGACGCCAUUGGUUCAGUUGAAUCUGGUCCCAGUAAAAGUGGUUGUUGUGACGACGGAGGUGGUUCUUCUGAGAGGAAGAUUGUGAAACCUGAAAAUCGGUGUUCGAUUUUUCCCGACACAGGGAAAGAGUUCGAGAACGCGAAAUCUUCUCGCAAGAGAAAGGGUUCCUGUGGUGAAAAUAGGGUUACACGUUCCUGUCCCUUUUAUAAGAAAAUGCCAGGGACAAUGUUCACUGUUGAUGCUUUUCGUUAUGGGUGUGUUGAAGGGUGCUCAGCAUAUUUUCUUACUCAUUUCCAUUGCGAUCACUAUGGUGGCCUUAGCAAGAAAUGGUCACAUGGCCCUAUAUAUUGCUCUCCUCUCACAGGAAGGCUCGUUCAAAUGUGUCUCUCGGUAAAUCCUUUGUAUAUCCACCCUUUGGAAUUUAAUGAGGAACAUGUGAUUGAUGGUGUCAAAGUGACUUUGUUAGAAGCUAAUCACUGCCCUGGUGCAGCUUUGAUUCACUUUAACCUACCAAAUGGCCAACGCUAUUUGCACACUGGAGAUUUUAGAGCAUGUAAACUAAUGCAAGCUUACCAUCUUCUUGUAAAUCAACGUGUGAAUGUACUUUAUUUGGAUACCACAUAUUGCAACCCAAAAUACAGGUUCCCUUCCAAGGAAGAAGUACUCAAUUAUGUUGUCAAAAUCACAAAGAACCACCUCAAAAUUCAUCCUAGAACUUUAGUGGUUGUUGGGGCAUACAGUAUUGGCAAAGAAUGUGUAUAUCUUGCAAUUUCUAAGGCUCUUGGGGUUAAAAUUUAUGCAAAUGCUUCAAGAAGACGGAUUUUGCAAGCUUUUGGUUGGCCUGACCUUUCAGAUAAACUCUGUACAAACGGAAACAACACACUUCUCCAUGUUCUGCCGAUGUCAUCUUUAAGAGUUGAGACCUUAAAGGAUUACUUGAAGACCUACAAGGAGCAAUUCACAGCAAUUUUGGCAUUUCGUCCUACAGGUUGGACUUUCAGUGAGAAGAUAAGCAACGAUCUGGAACUAAUUAAACCUGUUUCUAAAGGAAAUAUUACGAUAUAUGGGGUUCCCUAUAGUGAGCACUCCAGCUUCUCAGAACUGCAAGAUUUUGUUCAGGUUUUGAGGCCUGACAAGAUAAUUCCAACUGUGAAUGUUGGAAAUGCUGCUAAUCGAGAAAAGAUGCAAUCCUACUUUCGAGAUUGGUUGAAGGGCUAAAUUCUCUGGGUCUCUGCUAUUCCUGAAAGAGAUUGAACUUUUUAUCUGAGAUUACCAUUAUAAAACCAAUUUGCAAGGACUCAACAUUUCUUGCUGUGCGCUGAAGGUUGAGCCCCGGUAUGGUUCCCAUUUGUUGCCACUAAAAAUAUCCCUGCAAGGUCCUAAUGCAGGGCAUGCCACAAUUUUAUGACAACCAAAAUAGGGAAAAAUAGAAGGAGAUUCCGUGCCUUCUGAUAUUGUCUUCUGUGUACCUUAGCAACUGCCCAUUUUGAACAUUGAUGUUUAACAAAUAGCAGUGAAGUUUCCUAUUUUUUAUCCCGCUUAUAAAUCAAGUAAUUAUUGUUGUUUUAUUCCGUAGGACUUGGUUAUAUCGAGUAGAGGGCUUUUGCUAAAGCUUCAUGUAGGUAUUUUUAUUCCUUCCUUUGUAGUAUGUUGGUAGUAGUUAAGCUACCUGUACGUUGGAGAAAAAUAUCGUACGAUUAUAACACAUUUAAUAUCGAUUUGCAUUUGGUGAAAUCAA